AUGCGGCUCGCGUCGACGUCGCUCCUCCGGCAUGCGGCCCGUGGGCGCGCGGUGCGGCCAGCGCUGGCCCUGGCUGGCCCACGGCGCUUCUUCGCUGCGCAGAGCUUCCAGGACUUGGGCGUGGACGCGCGCAUCGUGGCGGGCCUCAGGGAGAUGAAGAUCACGACGCCCACCGGCAUCCAGAGCAAGAGCAUCCCGGCCAUCCUAGAGCGCCACGACGUGCUGUGCGCGGCCCAGACAGGAACCGGCAAGACGCUGGCCUACCUGGUGCCGGUGGUGGAGCAGCUGCUGCGCAAGGAGGCGGCCAUGCAAAAGGAGCACGAGGCCAAGGGCCUGACCGGCCCGGCCGAGGUCGUGCUGGGCCGCCCCAGGGCGCUGGUGCUGCUGCCCAGUCGAGAGCUGGCGCUGCAAGUGGCCUCCGUGGCCAAGCAGCUGUCGCACUCGGCCAAGUUCGCGUCCUGCACUAUCACGAGUGGAGAGCGCAAGAGCAUUCAGCAGCGGAACACGGCCCGUCGACUGGAUCUGAUCAUCGGAACUCCUGGCCGCGUGGCCAAGUGCAUCAGCAAGGGAGACUUCUUCGUCUCCCGCAUCGACACGGUGGUGGUGGACGAGGCGGACACGCUGUUCGACGCCAAGAUGGGCUUCAGGAAAGAGCUAGAUGCGGUGCUCGGGCCGAUUCAGGCGAGUGCGGCCAAGAGGAACCAGCCACUGCAGAUGGUCUUGGCGGCGGCGACGAUCCGAUCGCCGAUCGACCAGGUGCUGAAGAAGAAGUUCGGGGAACUGCGUGUGGUAAGCGACGACAAAAUCCACAAGACGCCGACGACUAUCAGGGAGGAGUUCGUGCGCGUGGUCCCGGAGUCCAAGCACUCGGCGCUGCGCGAGGCACUGCACCUGCACAAGCGGCGCGCGGCGAAGACGAUGGUCUUCUGUCGCAACUCGGCCAGUGUGCGCUCGACGGAGCACAUGCUGCGCGAGCACGGCUUCCAGGACGCAGUGUGUCUGCACGGCGACAUGCCGCCGGCGAGACGUCACGAGGCCAUCCACGCGUUCACCGAAGACCCCCAUGUCAACAUCCUCGUGUGUACGGACCUGGCCGCUCGUGGGCUGGACAUCGACACUGUCAAGCACGUCGUGAUGUUCGACUUCCCGAAGUCCGCUGUCGACUACGUGCAUCGCGCUGGCCGUACGGGCAGAGCUGGUGAGCAGGGGCUUGUCACCAGCCUUGUGACCAAGCACGAUCUGGCACUAGCCAUGAGCAUCGAGAACUCCAAGCGCAGCAACAGCACCAUCAAGGAGCUGCGUGAGGAUGGAGCAAUGUCAACAUCAGCAGCAGGAUCCCAGCAGACAGCAACGACAGAUAGCAGAAAGGAGAAGCAGCCACGCCGAGGCCCUCCCAGUCACAAGCGCGGCGGAUACGGCCGUGGCACCAAGAAGUUGCAGAAACACAAGAUCCGCACGCCACGACCGAGUAGAUAGAAGCAGCUAGCAGUAGUGUCGUGGAUGAAUAAACGCACGCCAAUAGAAACCACACAAACUGCAAUGGU